AUGGAAUCCUGCUCAGGCGAUCUUAAGCAGCUAAGUAAGCGUCAAUCAUUUUCACAGUUUACCGAAACAGUCGCCACGUCUACUUGUACAGGCUCUUGGCCGGAACUGUCUAGCCCUCAGGUCUUCUUGGACACUUCUGAUCAGGCAGAACAGUUUAAAGAGCGCAAAGCUGAUGAUGUAUCUGCUGCAUAUGUCAAUGAGCUUGAUUUUCCUACGCCAUAUCAACAUUUGGUCUGCUUUCAGCUAGAAAAUCGAGUAUGUUUAAUGUCGACUGUGUUACAGCUUAUCAUUUUGUUAUAA